AGGCGGCGGGCCGGGCCCGGGAGGCGGCGGGCCUGCAGCGGGCAGGGGCAGGCAGCGGAGCGGGCAGGGCCGGGCAGGGCCGCGGCGGUGUCGGGACGUGGCGGCGGGGCCCGGGCCCGGGGGGCAGCGCCAUGGCCGAGACCAUCAUCAUCCGGGUGCAGUCGCCGGAGGGGGUGAAGCGAAUCACGGCCACGAAGCGGGAGACGGUGGCGACGUUCCUCAAGAAGGUUGCAAAAGAAUUUGGCUUCAGGAAUAAUGGCUUUUCCGUGUACACCAACAGAAACAGGACAGGCGAGAUCACAGCAGCACAAAACAAAUCCCUCAACUUGCUGAAGAUCAAGCAUGGUGACAUGCUGUUCCUCUACCCCUCGAGCCCGGCUGGCUCCUCCUCAGAGACCAUGGACACCUCUGUCUCCCAAAGCUUGCGGCCCAUGGGGGCCCCUCAGGUGGUGGAAGAUGAGAUCGACCAGUAUCUGAUCAAACAGGAUGGCAAGAUUUACCGGAACCGAGACCAGCAGCUGUGUCGCCACGGCCCCUUGGGGAAGUGUGUGCACUGUGUACCACUGGAGCCUUUUGAUGAGGAUUAUUUGAACCAUCUGGAACCUCCUGUGAAGCACAUGUCCUUCCAUGCCUACAUCAGGAAGCUGACCGGAGGGGCAGACAAGGGGAAAUUUGUUGCCCUGGAGAACAUCAGCUGUAAGAUCAAGUCAGGCUGUGAAGGGCAUCCUCCGUGGCCAGAAGGCAUCUGCACAAAGUGCCAGCCAAGCGCCAUCACUCUCAAUAGACAGAAAUACAGGCAUGUUGACAACAUCAUGUUUGAGAACCACACAAUUGCAGAUCGCUUCCUCGACUUCUGGCGGAAGACAGGGAACCAACACCUCGGGUACCUCUAUGGCCGGUACACAGAGCACAAAGACAUCCCCCUGGGCAUCCGGGCUGAGGUUGCUGCUAUCUAUGAACCCCCACAGAUUGGUACCCAGAACAGCCUGGAGAUCCUGGAAGAUCCCAAAGCUGAGGUUGUGGAUGAGAUCGCGGCAAAGCUUGGGCUGAGAAAGGUUGGCUGGAUAUUCACUGAUCUGGUGUCUGAAGACACAAGGAAAGGGACUGUUCGAUACAGCAGAAACAAGGACACGUAUUAUCUAAGUGCAGAAGAGUGCAUCACAGCUGGGAACUUUCAGAACCAGCAGCCCAACAUCUGUCGCCUUUCUCCAGAUGGGCAUUUUGGAUCCAAGUUUGUCACGGUUGUGGCUACAGGUGGUCCCGACAACCAGGUCCACUUCGAGGGGUACCAGGUCUCCAAUCAAUGCAUGGCUCUGGUUCGGGAUGAGUGCUUGCUGCCCUGCCGAGACGCACCGGAGCUGGGCUACGCCAAGGAGUCCAGCAGCGAGCAGUAUGUGCCUGAUGUGUUCUAUAAGGACAUAGACAAGUUUGGCAACGAGAUCACACAGCUGGCUCGCCCGCUCCCCGUGGAGUACUUAAUCAUAGAUAUUACUACAACUUUUCCCAAGGAUCCAGUCUACACAUUUUCUAUUUCUCAAAAUCCAUUCCCCAUCGAGAACCGUGAUGUGCUGGGAGAAACUCAGGACUUCCACAGCUUGGCCACGUAUCUGUCCCAGAAUACUUCCUCCAUCUUCCUAGACAUCAUUUCUGAUUUCCAUCUGCUCCUCUUCCUGGUCACGAACGAGGUCAUGCCCCUGCGGGACAGCAUCAGCUUGUUGCUGGAAGCUGUGAGGACCAAGAAUGAGGAGCUGGCACAGACCUGGAAGAAAUCAGAGCAGUGGGCCACCAUCGAGCAGCUCUGCAGCACGGUGGGGGUCCCGCUCUCCGGACUGCAGGAGUACGGGGCCAUGGGCGGCUCGACGCACGCAGCAGCAGCGGCCAUGUGGGCCUGCCAGCACUGCACCUUCAUGAACCAGCCCGGCACGGACCACUGCGAGAUGUGCAGCCUGCCGCGGACCUAACCAAUACACAGCAACCCCCCCG